CCUAAUACCAUUUAUAGCCUUCUUCCAUUCCAUUCCAAGAUAUCACUUGGAGUAUGGCACUGACUUUCUGAUGAUUGUAGGAGAUUCUAGACAUUAUCGAGGAGAAGGAUCUUACACCUGUAUAUGACAAUAAAGCGGGUGUCAAAUGGAUCAAUUGGGACACCGAUCAGUGGGUUCUUAUGACGAUGCCGAAACCCUAGCUCAGAAGCGAGAUUUUGGCAACUCACGCUGCCUUGGAGGUCUCAUGGUUUGGGCAUUAGAUCAAGUUGACCAGGAGUCUAAAAGUGUUAUCUAUCCCAAAGAGUGGACUGCAGAAGAGAUUAAAGAAGCUGAAAGCGAAGUUCAAGAUCAAGAAGCUCAGGGUGUAUGCUACACGACUGCCUGUAAUGCAAAAUGUCGUAUUGGCGACCACGAGGCUGCCCAAAUGAACGGCCAACCCGGACAAUUAUCUACCGCGGACCGCUGUCCUUCGUCGCAAUAUCGUCGCCUCUGCUGCUCCAAAGGAACUCUCAUGGGAAAAUGCAAAUGGAGGGGCUACAGGGGUCUCGGCCUGAGUUGCAUGGGCAGCUGUCACGUCGAUGAGUUUACCCUCACACAAAAUACUAACCAUAAAUCCGGUAAUGAGGAACAGAGCUGUAUGUCUAGAACUCAGAGCUUUUGUUGUCUAAAUUUCAGUCCUCCGAUCAGCAAAGAGCAGAUAGUAGAAAAGGCCAAGGGCGAGGCCACAGAUCUCGCCCUUGAGGUCGCUGCGAGUGUAGCACUAGAGAUAGCUGCUAAAGCGUUCUGCCGAAUUGCUAUCUCGGCUGCGUUGAUGCCGUUAAGUUUCAUUCCUUUCGUUGGCUGGAUCAUUCGCCUCGCAGUGCAGGCAGCGGUGCCGGCUCUAGCCAAUCUUUGUGCUAAAGGCAUUGCUAAAGCUGGCAAGGGAAUCUUUAAGUUCAGGGGUAAAGACGACGAAAUUCCGUAUGACAAGCCGACUAAACCCAAAGUCGAGCGCAAGCCAUCCGCGUCUCCGACCAGAAUAUCAACCAAAUCGAAUACUUGUUCUGGCAAGAAUUUGCAGAAGAGGCUCCGUGACGAAACCAAAACCGUCAGCGUGGCUGUAGCACCUUCUUCUGAAGUCGUUGUAGUAAAAACAUGUAGCGGUGAUUUAUAUCCCCAAGCGUGUCUGAACUACAGAUCAAUCAUAAGGGAACAUCCAGAGCACGCCUCUGUCACUUGCAUCAAUAAAUACGGCAGGGCACCACGGGACGAGGUAGCUAAAUACAGAGCAGAUCACCAUAAAGGUUGGUGGGAUGGAUUCAUGCGAGAGGCUAAUGUCAACUGCGAGCGUGAUGAGUAUCCCUCAGCCGAAAUGUGGCAUGGACGGGACACCAAUGUGUGGAUCAGAUUCCUUCCCAGAACAGAAAAUAAAGGAGCUGGGCAAAUGUUUAAGGAUGUAUGCCCCGAUAAGGUGGUCUCUAACAAUCUUGGCGUCCCGAGUAAAUCUCAUAUUAUUCCCGGAAACGGAGGGUGUGGAGGUAGAGACACAACGGUAUACACCCAGGAAUAUAAAAUCACGAACACAGUGUUUUCUAUGGCAUAUACAAACAUGCCAGCCUACGGCGACGGCGGCAUGGCUGAAAACCCUUGCUACCCUGAGAUACUUAUCGCUGACCCUGGCUUCGCACUUAAGACCGAAGAUCCAUGGUAUAAGAAACCUGCCAAUGUUCACCGACAGUCAAACUGGGCAUUAUACAAAAAACCACCUCAUCCCGACUUGCUUUUGCUUGCAGCAAUUGGGGGCUGGCCUAAAAAUGGCCAUACCAAACGUGACACAGACGGAGGACUUGAUCCGGAAGAGAUCUUCAUUGACGAGGAGAACUCCACACGAAGGCCUACCGAAGAGGAGCUCUUGAGAAACUUUGGCCUUCUUCGCUGCAAGGAUGGGUGCGAGGAGGAGAUGGAGGAUCUGGGUAUCGUGUUGUUGCCCUACGCACAAGGUUCAUCCACAUCGCCUUCGACGGUCGAUGCGACAACUACAGCGCUGAAUACGUUGCCUACUACGCUAAGUAAGGUGUUGAUAACGGCGACUGAAAUUCUGGACGAGGUAGCGUCUCUCAUUACGCCGCCUCCCAUGAAUUAG